UUUCUUUUUCCAAUCCACACUCAUUCUCUCUUCCUACGUACUACUAUAAAAAACCAACUCCACCUAUUUCGUUCUCUCUUAUCUUUUAGCUCUGUGCAUUAUUACAAGUUAUAAGUAGUGAUUAAUAAUAAUUUAUAUUAUUAACAAUGGAGGAGGGGCCUGUGGUGGACGAGGAGUACAUGAAGGAGAUCGAGAAGGCUCGGAGGGACCUCCGAGCCCUCAUCUCCAGCAAGAGUUGUGCACCCAUCAUGCUUCGCCUCGCAUGGCACGACGCUGGAUCUUACGAUGCGAAAACAAAAACAGGCGGUCCGAAUGGUUCGAUCAGGUUCGAGGAAGAAUAUAGCCACAGUGCCAAUGCUGGCCUAAAAAUUGCUAUUGAUCUUCUAGAACCAGUGAAGGCAAAGCAUCCGAAAAUCACAUACGCAGAUCUCUAUCAGGUGAUUACACUAUAUUCUGCAAAUCUCGGGCACUUCGGUUCGUUUACAGCUUUCUCUUACUACUCUCCUCUUCGCUAUUGCCGACAGCUUGCGGGAGUUGUUGCUGUCGAAGUUACUGGCGGCCCGACUAUCGACUUCGUUCCUGGCAGAAAGGAUUCGUCGCGUUGUCCAGAGGAGGGUCGACUCCCAGAUGCUAAGCAAGGGGCAUCGCAUCUAAGAGAGGUCUUUUAUCGGAUGGGUCUAUCAGACAAGGACAUUGUAGCGCUAUCAGGAGGUCACACUCUGGGUAGAGCUCAUCCGGAGAGAUCGGGAUUUGAUGGUGCUUGGACAAAGGACCCUCUCAAAUUCGACAACUCCUACUUCAUAGAACUAUUAAAAGAAGAAUCAGAAGGGCUUCUGAAGCUUCCGAGCGACAAGACUCUAGUGGAGGAUCCUGUAUUCCGCCGUUAUGUUGAGCUAUACGCAAAGGAUGAAGAUGCGUUUUUCAAGGACUAUGCGGAAUCUCACAAGAAACUCUCAGAAUUGGGCUUUACUCCCCCUCGCAUUCCUUCAAGAUGCAACUCAGGAGCAAAAUCAACUAUGUGGAUGGUGCAAACUGCUGCUCGUGUUGCAGUUGCUGCGGCAGUGCUCGUUCUGGGCUACAUUUAUGAAGUGAACAGGAAAAAGAGCUAGGCUUGGUUUAAGCUCUGUAUAGGUAAAUAUGUCCUGUUUUUACUACAAGAAGAUGCUAUGAACAUGAGUAAUAAUAACUGUGCACAUUAUAAAGAUGGAUGCUAUAAGAAAGAUUGAAAAUAAAUAUAUGACUUAGACUAGACACUUUUCUGUGUGGAGUAGUAAGUCGUACCUCAGUUUUCUGUGUAGCUCACUUCCACCUGAAUUGAGCUAGAAUACUUCUGGAAUUGCCAAGGCUUUGGUACUUCAUUUUUCAUUGAUGAGGUAUCGGAAUCGAA